ACCCCAGGAUCCAGGUCCUCUUCACCAAAACCAAAGGCUUUGUCAUCUGGCAGAUCCAGUCCCUCCAGCACUUGUUCUCCAAGAUCAACAUCCCCGUACGAAAAGAACCUACCUCUAAUAGUCAGCUCAUCUUCGAAAUCCAGACUGGAUCCACCUAGGGAAAGGUCAAAGUCUGACUCAUAUACCCUAGAUCCUGACACCCUUCGGAAGAAAAAACCUCCCCUAACUGAGCCUAUACGUGGACGUUCCACCUCUCCCAAACCAAAAAUCCCACCAAAAGAUGGGAAAGCUGGUGACAAUGAUGAAAACCGAGCUCCCUCUUCCCACGUGGUACAGGAAAACCUGCACAGUGAGGUGGUAGAGGUCUGCACCUCCAGCACUCUGGCAUCCAACAAUGAUGAUGGUAAUGAUGAAAACCCCGAUGCCAGAAACAUUGAAGAAGGCUCCUCAAAAGUCCACUUCAGCAUAGGGAAAGCUCCAGUUAAGGAAGAGCAAGAAACCAGGUCAUCCCCCAAAGUCAGCCGUAAGACACCUGGCCGACAUGUAAGGCCCAAGAAAGAGAAAUCUGGUCCCUUCUUUAAGGGUGAGAAUGCACGUCUGGUGGAGCCCGCCAAGCAAGCUAUGUCGCCAUCAGUAGCUGAGUGCGCCCGUGCAGUGUUUGCAGCAUUUCUUUGGCAUGAGGGCAUUGUUCAUGAUGCCAUGGCCUGCUCAUCCUUCUUAAAGUUUAAUCCUGAGCUCACAAAGGAGCAUGCACCCAUAAGGAGCAGCCUUAGCAGCCAGCAAGCCAUGGAUGAGAAGGAAAACAAGCUGAAGAACAGGCACUCCCUAGAGAUCUCCUCUGCCUUGAACAUGUUCAACAUCUCUCCCCACGGGCCUGACAUUUCGAAAAUGGGCAGUAUCAACAAGAAUAAGGUCCUCUCCAUGCUCAAGGAACCUCCACUGCCAGAAAAGUGUGAGGAUGGGAAGGCUGAAACAGUUAUCUACGAGACCUGUAGUCAAACAACCACAAAGACAAAGUCCCCUCUUCCACUGACCUUACAGCACCUCGUGGCUUUUUGGGAAGACAUCUCCAUGGCCACCAUCAAAGCUGCCACCCAGAAUAUGAUCUUCCCCAGCCCUGGUUCCAGUGCCAUUCUGAAGAAAAAGGAGAACGAGAAAGAUGGCAAGAAAUCCAAAAAGGAGAAAAAGAAGAAGGAGAAGGCUGAUGUUCGGCCAAGAGGAAAUCUCUUUGGAGAGAUGGCCCAACUUGCUAUGGGUGGGCCAGAGAAAGACACCAUUUGUGAGCUUUGUGGAGAAUCUCAUCCCUACCCUGUGACCUACCACAUGAGACAAACCCAUCCAGGUUGUGGUCGGUAUGCUGGAGGACAAGGCUAUAAUAGCAUUGGACACUUCUGUGGAGGCUGGGCUGGUAACUGUGGAGAUGGAGGAAUCGGAGGCAGCACAUGGUAUUUAGUGUGUGACCGCUGCAGGGAAAAGUACCUCCGCGAGAAGCAAACAGCAGCAAGAGAAAAGGUGAAGCAGUCGAGGAAAAAACCAAUGCAAGUCAAGACCCCCCGAGCCCUCCCCACCAUGGAGGCUCACCAAGUCAUCAAAGCCAACGCCCUGUUCCUGCUGUCACUGAGUAGUGCCGCAGAGCCCAACAUGCUCUGUCACCAUCCGCCCAAACCCUUCCACAGCCAUCUACCCAGCCUCAAGGAGGGUGUCACCGAGGAGAUUCCCAACAAGAUUGGCUGUCUCUACUUGCAGACUCUCGCACGACAACAUUCAGAGAAUUUUGGUGGAUACCAUGAUGAUAAUCUUUUCCAAGAUGAGAUGAGGUACUUGCGAUCAACCUCAGUCCCAGCCCCUUAUAUAUCAGUCACCCCAGACGCCAGCCCCAAUGUCUUUGAGGAGCCUGAAUGCAAUAUGAAAUGCAUGCCUCACAG